AAGAAAAGUAAACAGCAUCACAGACAAUGCACAAUGACCAAAGAUGAAAUGGAAUCUAAUUCACUGACAUUCAAUGUGAAGCCAGAUAACUCAACAGUAUUUACCUGCACUGUUCUGAAUUCCACAGGAGGAACCUCAUCGAUCUGUCCAUCCUGGAACACACUCACAGGACCUGGAUGUGAAGACUACCACCUGAACUUGGUGGUAAAGCUGAAUGAAUCUGAUGAAAUAUUUUCUACUGACGAAAGCCCCUCAUCAUUGACAGCGCCAAAGGGACACAAUGUGACUUUACCCUGCCAAUUUGAACUUGACAACGCUUUGCCCUUCACUCUGCUUUGGAUCACAUCUGGAAAUAUUAACAAGUGUCUGUCCUCUGUUCACAUUGAGCAAUAUGAAUUUCAUUUUAACACCCGCUGCUGUGUGGAUGGCAAGUCAGCACAAAGAAUCUUUAACCACAGCUCAUCUAAUCCUACUGGUAAAAUACAGUUCCACAACCUUACCAUUCAGUCAGUGGAGGUGAUGGACACGGGCAGGUAUCUCUGUGUUAUACACGGUGUGACGAAAGAGAAACCUAUCUGGAAGAUUGCAGCAAACAUCUCCCUCACUGUGACAGGGUCGAGUGUGGAAUCUACUCAGAGCCCCACCUCAACAUCUGGAAUAUCCCAGGGGACCAGUGAUGGAACUCCCACAAACAGGAAACGUCCUUGUGCCAUUUGCAGUAAGAUGCGGAUUUCUAUCCUGGUUUUAUACAUGGUCGCACUAAGUUGCAUUCACGGAGUGACUUACAGAAUGAGAAGGGUAAGAAGCUCCAAUGAAGAUGGAGACAACCAUGAUAUUCAGGAAGUGAGAUGUUAUAAGACGGUAGACGCUCGAACUGCAAGGCUUCCUGCAGAUAAAUCUUUCACCUAAUCGGCUGAUUGAAUCAAACCCCUGGCAGCAGCUGCUUGGCUCACUGACCGUGCUGCAGUAACAUGGUUACCAACGCAGAACAUAAAGACUGUCACUUUCCACUCUCAAACGGCAGAGGACCCGGGUCAUGGAAUGUUGUGGCUGGAAUAUGGGAUAUGUUCAGGGCUGCAAUUGACGGUCUUUGACAGUUUCAUUGUUAAUUCAACAAGGAUGUGACACAGUGUGAAAUUCAUGGAGUUUCACAUCAGUAGCAAAGACCAAUUUCAGUCCCUGCUGAGGAACAACAAUGCAACACUGCGAACGAUGUCGCUAAUGCAAUGGAGAGGCAUUCAAUAAACAUUGUUUCAAAUAUAUAA